AAAAACAGUAUAGGAAAUGGUUCAAGGGGUCACCACAGGGCACCAAAUACAAUCGGAUAAUUAGAAAUCCAUCAAGAGUACUGCGAGUGUUAGGAUAAGCCAUAAAAUUUUUUUUGAGCUAAAAAUGCAAAAGAAGCUGUUAAUAAUUGGCAAAAGACAUUCUGGCAAAAUGUCAUUACUGCAGCAGCUGACUGGUAGCACGCCCGAGCACUUAGAAACAAACACUGAAGACUCGCACGCCGGUCUCACGCAUAAAUUCACCAUCAAAAAUUCGUACUACGAAACUGACGUGGAUGUGUGGGUCGACGAGUAUGAAGAUAUAAACAAAACGAUUUCAGAAUACCGGUCAGAUGAAGCAAAAGAAGUGCGUGAAUUUUUGGCAGCCAUCAUCUUCACCUUCCGUGAAUUCGACGAAACAGAGUGGAAGCAGUGGGAAAAUUAUGUAGAGAAUUUGGAAGAAGACAUAAGCGUCAUAGCCGUACAAACUGAAGGAGGAAGGAACCAAAACAUUCCCGAUAACUCUAUCCUUGAAUACGUGGUCCUUGAGGAAACAGGCUCGAAUCAGUACAAUGAAUCGGUAGGCCAUCAACGAGUGAAAGAGUGGCUACAGUGUUGCGACUGGCAGAAAGAAGACGAAGAAGAAACGACAACUCUUAUAAGUUGUUCCGACAACAGCACCUCAAACGAGGAUGACAGCGAAAUGGAAGAUCAAGAAGACGAUGGUUUGCUUGCUGGUGACUUGCAGUCCUUCAUUUCACGCAUUCAAAACUUGCGCGAUACUGAUAUGUCAAAAAGUGUCAAGCACAAAGAAGCAAUCGGCAUUCUGAAAUCACUUUUAGGAAACGACUUUGAUGAAAAGGAAUUAAUAAACAAGAGCGAGGAUAUUAAUUAAGCAUAGGAGACGAUUAGAAAAAACUCACGUUUUCCGAACAAGAAGCGCUUUGUUGUUCUUAUCAUAGAAGGCUUCACGUUUAAAGGUACAGUUGAAACAAAGCAUUUUUUGAUACUAGUGACUGUCGGCAAGAGGGUACAGCACAUUUUCGCUCCGUGCGUUUUGCGUUCUUUAUAGCAUCUUUGCAAAGACCACAAUAUACGUGGCCGCACUUUGUAGCCCAAAGCGUUGCUUUCUGGGCAUUUUUUGAAGCACCAAGCUCCUCUUGACAUCCUGGACACAGCAAGACUGUGGAUGGAUUAAUUGACCGCGAGAAACCAGCUCUUGCGGGCUUUGGGGGAGUGUACUCUGCUUUUGCCCGAUCAAUAUAGCUUUCUUCGGGCUCGACAUUUGUGUCGUUGAAGUAUCCUUGCUCAAACAGCAUAGGAUGAUUAGCCAAUGUGUAACGCAGCCUGUUUGAGAAAAUUGUAAAAAACUGAGCAGGAAUGUAUCCUGGAAUAUUACGUUCUGUCAACGAGUUACGAGCAAUUGACUCGGGCACUCUUCGAGACUGAAAGAUUCGUCUCGUCAGCAAUUGUGGACCAAGGUAUACAAUGUCCUCAAGCAUUGACUGAACAUUUGAACCAUUUAUACGCCUCCUUCUCGUUCUUGCACGACGUGUUCCAUGUUGAGCAGCUCGUUGUGAGGAUUCCGAGAGCGGAAUCGCGUCGUCUGGGAUCGCGUCGACAUCAAUUAUAACAGGAUUCGGGUCUGAAGCUUCCCUUGGCGGAGAGGACCCUGUCAAAUCAAUUACAUUAUCAUUCCCUGAUUCGUUUCCAUUCAAUUGCAUGAAGUCAGUGAUCGUAACUCAAAACUGAAAGGCGCCAGCGUGAUGUU